CGGGAUGUGUGCUUUCACAACAUAUUUGGUCUGCAAAUCUUUCUUGUGAUCUAAUUUCACAGGGUCGUCUUUAUUUUUUUUUUUUUCCUAAUUCUUCAUAUUUCAGUCAGAUUUGAUUGAUCCUGCAGUAAAGGGAACACUAAAUGUGCUAAAGUCAUGUGCAAAGGUUCCUUCUCUCAAGAGAGUGGUUGUAACAUCUUCAAUGGCAUCAGUUUUAUACAGAGAAAAACCUUUGAAUCCUGAUGAUGUAGUUGACGAGACUUGGUUUUCAGAUUCUGCAUUUUGUGAGUCAAGGAAGCUUUGGUAUCCUGUUUCAAAAAUCUUAGCAGAGGAGGCUGCUUGGAGAUUUGCAAAAGAGAAUGGAAUUGACUUGGUUACCAUACAUCCAGGGGUUGUGAUUGGCCCUCUCUUGCAGCCCACUCUUAGUACUAGUAUGGAGGUGUUUGCACAAUACGCCAAAGGAGCUCAAACAUAUUUAUAUGAUAAUUGGUAUCUUGUUGAUGUUAGAGAUGUUGCCAAUGCACAUAUUGAAGCUUUUGAAUUGGCUUCAGCCCGUGGCAGAUAUUGUUUAGUUGAAACAGUUGUGCACUUCUCUGAGUUUUUGAAGAUUGUUCACAAACAUUACCCAACUCCGCACAUUCCUGAAAAAUGUCAAGAUGACAAAUCUUUUGUUCCAAAACAUGAGGUAUCAAAGGAGAAAGCAAAAGCUUUGGGCAUUGACUUCAUUCCUUUGGAACUGAGUGUUGUAGACACCAUUGAAAGCUUGAAGGAGAAAGGCUUUCUUAAUGUCUGAAUAAUUGAGAAAUUACGGAGACAAAUAAAAAUGGAAAUGGAAGGCAGACCUCAAUUAAAUAACUUGUAUCCAAAGCUUCGCCUUGUCUUAA